AUGGCCACGGUUCAGAAGGAUCUAAUCAAGUAUAUCUUGGGUCUUUUGGAUGGUGCCGGUGACUUCUUAGAGAAGUUUAAAGUUGAAAGCGCCAGCUACAAAACCGCGCAUGAAUCACCACCGCCACCACCAUUAGCGACGUCAAGUUCCGAUGAAUCAUCUUUGCCCUCGUCAACUCCCGUGAAACCAUCCCCAAAACGAAGCUCUAUUGUGUCUUUAUCUUCGUUGUCCAUCACACCCUCGAUUGGAACGACGAUUACUUCUAAAACUUUGACGAUCCCCGAGUUGAGGGAUCCUUUGCCCAAACCGCACAAUCACGUGCGAUUCAAUGACGAUGUGAUUAAAGCGCAUAAACACGUUUCCACCGAGGAACACAAAGUGAAGAGAGUUGGCACUUACACGCAAAGAGUCAUGGCGGGAACAGACGAAAGGACGGGAGGGCCGCUAUUGAUUGAUCGUGAGCCACGUGAUGAAUCCAAGCGUGGUAGUGCCAAACAUCUGCGCCUCUACUACUGGCUUAGUUCUAGGGGGUAG